ACAAGUUACAACAGUCACACAGUGUAGGCCGGGCUCCUUUCAGCUAAGCACAUAGACGCUCACACUGCCGUAAAAACAAAACAAUGUCACUGCCCCCUAAACUUUAAUUUGAACAAUUAUUCAGUUUCAGUUAUUUCUUUUAAAUUUUUUAAUUUACAAUAAUUUUGUGAAGUGUGGUUACAGUUUGUUUAUCCAGUGAUACAAAACUAGUGAGAGAUACAAAAUAUACAUAUCUGGGUUGGAUAUCCUGUACUAACCGUUCACAGUGCUAGUUGCGUGAAAACAGAAUACAGAUACGAAACCACUGGUUUCUUCCAGCUUGAAUUUCCUAUCAGAGAAGAAGGAAGGAUAUCUAGUGAUUACUGGAACUAUCGUUGGAGAAGGUUAAAUGUAUCAGAUUAAAGCUGAACCCUCCGAACCAGAUGUCUGCUGGAUUGAGUACUGGUAGGGAGAGAAAUUACAAGAUUAAAAUGAGUGUUCAGACAGAUAUAUCUGGUAGGGACAGGAGAACACACCCAGCUGACCAGGAUGAAUCAAGCCUUAAACGGUUUAAGUCUUCCUCUCUAGCUCCUCCUGCCCCCCCUGCUCCUGUUCUAGUAUCCAAGGAUGAAACAAGUCUCAAGAUUCGCAUUUCCCGGUACGGAACCGCUCCCGGCCGAGCUCAACAUAAAACCUUACCCCUGGAGGAGUUUUCGCACCCUCGACCUCCUCGACCAGGUUCAGGAUCCCCUCGUCUUUCUCGCAGAGCUGGUUCUCUGGACCCAAGUCCGGUCAAACCUGAGCUCAAAAUGUGUGAAGUAAAGCUCAAUAAUCUCAGCUCAGUGAAGGUGGAAAACAGUGAAGAUGAUGUGAAACCCCACCCAACUCCCAUUUUAAAUAUAAAAAUGACCGGUAGUGAAAUAGUUAGUGAAUGUGAACGUGUAGGACCAGGGACAGGUGAAAUAUCUACAUCAGUAUUGGACGAAGGAGAACCCUGUCCUCAACCAAAACGACGACAUCAACUUCCAAAGUUGAGUUCCGAACAACUUCUGCCGAACACGCCGUGUGUUCACGUGAAGAACAAACAGGAGGCGUUCUCCCCCCAGCUCCUGGAAUGGUGUCUUCAGAGACCCAUAACCGUCAUUCGAGGUUUACCUCAGGCGUGUGACAUGGACCUUUCUCUGUAUACAACUAAAUCCUUGGUGGAGUGUCAUCCAAACCAUCCGGUAGAAAUCCGUACACAAAUGGAGCAAAGCAGUGAUGAGAAUUGGGACCCAUCUCUUACGAAAGAGGUUUGGUACUGUACCUCUAGUAGAUCACAUACAACUAUAGCUAAAUAUGCUGAAUACCUCACUACCUCAUUCAAAGAAACCAAAGAAAAGCUCGGGAAGGACUUCAGCUUUAAUCCCAAGCUUGAACUGAAAUCAGAUGAGAAUGGGACUCCUAUCCGUAGAACUAUAAAGUUUGGAACCAACUGUGAUCUAUCUGACGAGAAGAAAUGGAAACCUCAAAUCCAGGAGCUGAUGAAGUUACCCUGCUGGUUAAGGGUAGUAUCAGCCGGAAAUAUGCUCUCACAUAUAGGUCAUCAGAUAUUAGGGAUGAAUACCAUACAACUAUAUAUGAAGGUUCCAAGAUCUCGAACCCCUGGACAUCAGGAGAAUAAUAACUUCGCUGCCGUCAAUAUCAAUAUUGGACCUGGAGACUCAGAGUGGUUUGGAGUUCCUGACUCCUACUGGGGAGCUAUACAGGAGCUCUGUGAAAAGAGUGACGUGGACUAUCUCCACGGUAGCUGGUGGCCGAAAAUGGAAGAUUUAAAGGAGGCUGGUAUACCUUGCUACCGGUUUAUGCAACGACCUGGAGAAGUAGUUUGGGUCAACACGGGUUGUGUUCAUUGGGUUCAAGCCUCAGGGUGGUGCAACAACGUUGCCUGGAAUACAGGACCACUCACAUACAGGCAGUAUACAGCUGCUAUAGAGAGAUACGAGUGGAAUAAGAGCCAACGGUAUCAAUCUAUUGUAGCAAUGGUAUUUCUCACAUGGACAAUGGCGCAAAACAUUCGAGUUACAGAUUUUGAACUCUUUCAUUCCAUGAAGCGCACCAUGAUGCGCUCGUUGCGCCAGACCGUGCUAAUGCGUCAGUUCGCUAUAGAGCAAGGAGUGCCUAUCCGGUUCCAUGGACAUAAACCUAAUGAGCCGGUCAACUACUGUAUGAUCUGCGAGGAGGAGGUUUUCAACAUCUUCUUCGUGAAAGGGAAUGAGAGGAAGCAUGUUGUACACUGCCUACGAUGUGCUAGACAAGUUAGCAAGGAUUUAACUUCCUGGAUAUGUCUAGAGGAGUACACACUGGAAGAGUUGAAGACUGUUUACGACAAUUUUGUUCUAGCAGAUAGGACUGUUCCUACCGGAGAUAAUCCUCUUAGUCUCUCAUUAGUCAACAAUAAUUCAACCUGCUAAUCCGGGUACACAGUACAUACAGAUAGAUUGCUGUCAGACCAAGUUAAAGCAGCAAGUUUGAUGUGAAACUAAGUGCACACAGCAAGUUUGCUGUCAAAACAAGUGCACAUAGCUUAAUUGUUGUGAGUACGGAUCCGCAAAGCCAGUUUGCUGUUGGACUAAGUACACAGACUUAGUUUCUUGUCAGAACAUGGACACACGCAGCUGUAUAGCGUCAUUUGCACCAGUACAUUUAAAUAUCAGAUCGGUCUAGUUAAUACAGUUAGACAGCUGUAACUUCUAUCAGUACAGCUCUGGAUCUGUUAUUCAGGAGUAAUUCAGUUCCUAGCUUCCGUCUUCAUAGAAAUACUGUAAGGAAAACAGGGAUUACGUCUUUUUAAACCAAAAUUUAACGAUUGACAACAAAGACUGCAACUGUUUUAAGCUGACAUCGAAAACUGCUGCAAUUGAAACUAAUUGAAAUUGAAACUAAGAUUGCCGCAAUUAGAAUCUUAUCGCCUAUUAUACAGCUGUUGAAACUUAUCAGCAUAAUUCCCAGCUGUUGGAAUUGGACCGCGGAGUUCCCAGCUGCUUGAAGCUGACAGUAUGAAAGUGUACCUGACGUCUACCAACUGUAAGGAUCUUGGCGGAAAUAUAUCCUGGAGCUUUGAAAUCACAAGUUUAUGUUCUCUGAAUUUCUCUUGUAACACUAUGUAGAUAAUUACUGUCUAACACUGCCAUGUACAGAGGUAUACUGUACAACCAAGGGUACAAGUAUACUACUUGUACAAGUACCUACCUCUAGUACCUAGUUCUGCUGAGUAUACUCCUGCAAGCCAGACUAGUUGUACUCUAACUAAAUUUAAUCUCCUCAGCUAAUAGUUCACUGCCAUUUAUGUUCAGCUGUUGUGGACUUUUAUACCGUUGAAUUUAUCAACUUUUGUAUAAACCUUCUUGUUCAACCCGUACGGUCUUGCAUGUUAAAUGUGAACCCGUACAUAUGUUCAGAUAUGCAGGAAGAAUAGACUUUUCUUCCCUAGGUGUGUAUUAUAUGUAUAUUGUAUAGUUUCAGAUUUCAUUUAUGUUUUAAUUAUCAAACAGAGUUCUCAUUUGUAAUCAUUAAUCACCCUUCAAACCAUUUUUAAUCAUUUUUUUUAAUGAAUUUCAAUGUUCGAAAUUUUUUUCGGGUUUCUGGGUCCAAAUUACUUCAGCCAGCUGAUUUAAACAUAUUUUGAUAAAACAAAAAUAGUUGAAUAACUAGUGUGAUUGUAGAGGCACAUUUCCUAUCAUAUUUAAUCAAAGAAACGACGCAAUGAGUCAAAAUAAAAGACUGAUAUUUUUGCUUAAUUUAAACAACAUUUAACUUUUUACACUGCCUCUCCGUUCCUAAUUGUUCCACGGUAGUCCACUGUAAAUCAAGAAAAAACAGUUAAGUUCGAUCUCAAAAAUUUAGGUCUUUUUACUGUAUAUCAUAGUGAAGUAAUAAUUUGUAGGAAAAAUAAUAAAUUAUUAAUAAAUAUCGUUUUCAUCAGAA